UGAAACCUACACCCCCAUCUUUGUGAAGAGCAAGGAGGAAGAAAGGGGAAGAAGGGUGGCGAAGGAGGCAGAAGAGCAAGGGUCUUUUCUUUCUUUCUCUCUUUCUUUUGUCUAACAUACAGUCCUUUGAAAUGGUGAAUCAAGAAGGAGACCCCCAGUCAGAGGCCCAGCAGCAUCCAAGCUCCCUUGUGGGAAGUGAUCAACCUCCCUGCUGCUUCGUGCUCUCAGUAUGGCAAGCCCUGGCACCCUGAACCGCUUCCGGGUUCGUCCGGCGGAGCCGCAAGACUGCUCAGAAAUUCUGCGUCUCAUCAAAGAGUUAGCUGCUUAUGAAAAUAUGCCGGAUGCAGUAAAAAUAACAGAAACAGAUUUGCUUCGAGAUGGUUUUGGAUCACAUCCUUUCUUUCACUGUUUAAUAGCGGAGGCGAGAAAGGAGAAUGAAACUGGAGAUACCGUUGUUGUAGGCUUUGCAAUGUACUACUUUACAUAUGAUCCUUGGAUUGGCAAAUUGCUGUACCUAGAAGACUUUUAUGUCAUGGAUGAUUUUAGAGGUUGGGGCAUUGGAACAGAGCUUUUAAAGAAAUUAAGCCAGAUAGCUCUCGAGAACAGCUGUAGUUGCAUGCAUUUCCUCGUCGUCGUUUGGAAUAAGCCGUCGAUAGAGUACUACAUGAGGCGCGGCGCUUCAGACCUUUCCACUGAAGAGGGCUGGCAUCUCUUCAGGUUUGACAAAGAACAGCUUAUCAGAAUGGCUGAUGGGCAAUAAAAAGAACUUCUCCACUUUCUUUUUUUUUAUCAUUCCAAGCUUGGAAGCCUAUGAG